CGCGUCCUUAGCGGCGUUCACGUGAGUUUUCUUUUGACUGCAACAAACUGGAAAAUCAAAGUUUCCUAAGAUUCAGCGCUACCUGACAAUGUCAGAGAUAGUGACCCUCAACGUGGGAGGAAAACUAUAUACCACGUCUCUGGCAACGUUGACCCGUUAUCCAGACUCCAUGCUGGGUGCUAUGUUCAGCAGUACCAUGCCCACCAAAAAGGACAGCCAUGGGAACUGGUUCAUUGACCGGGAUGGUAAGGUCUUUAGGUAUGUUCUAAAUUUCCUGAGAACUUCAAACCUGGACCUUCCUGAUAACUACAAAGAAAUGAAGCUUCUGAAAAGGGAGGCCGAUUUUUACCAGGUCCAGCCUUUGCUAGAGGCACUAAACGAGCAAGAAGCAGAGAUGUCGACGUCCGAGAAGAACGCAAUGCUGAACAUAACCCUGGAUCAGAAAAUGCAGACGGUGCAUUUCACGGUAAGGGAGGCACCCCAGAUCUACAGCCUGUCUUCCUCUAAAGUGGACGUGUUUACUGCCAACAUAUUCUGCACUUCUGGCUUGUUCUUGAACAAACUAGGUACUAAACUCUGUUACUUUUUCAAUGGCAACCUCUCUACAGUAUGCAGUGAGCAGGAAGACCAGAAUCACGUGGUGCUACAGUGGGUGGCUACAGUGGAUGGUCUCCCAGAGGAAGAGUACACCAGACAGACCCUGAAAAGGCUUUGGGUUUUGCCAGCAAAUAAGCAGAUCGACAGUUUCCGUGUGUUUGUGGAAGAGAUUCUUAAAAUAGCCAUGAGCGACGGCUUUUGCGUGGACUCCACUCACCCAGACUCUUCUGAUUUCAUGAACAACAAGAUUAUUCGGUUGACUCGGUAUAGGUAGACGCUACAGUGCUAAACUGAUGAAAUCACUGAUACACUAAACAGUUUAAACAUUUUUGGGUAAUAUGAAGCAAGUGAAGUAAGCAAAUCCAUUAUCCAAAAGAAGUGCAAUUAGGUCUUAACCACUGUACCAAAACUGAUAUAGUAGUUUCUAGUGUCUGGUAAAUUUGCUUGAUGCUGUUUUGUUGUUUUUGCAACAGUAUUUGUUUCAUAGAAUGUGUUAUGGAGGGAUUUGAGUGAGUGCUUUAGCAGAUAUGAGGUACUAGCUAUCUCAUUUGUUUUUUGGAAAAUCGUCUAUGUUUUCAACUGUUUACUAUAUUUAUAUAGAGUAAUAGAACACUGUUUAGGUAUUAAUACUGAUACUGUCUCUAGGUCGGGUCUAAACAUCAAAACUGGCAUUCAGACCCUGUACCUAUUCCGUAGUAUUUGCAUCACUGAAAUACUGCUGCUAAAUUGCAUACGUGUUGCUAGGAGCUUAGCUUUCAUUAAACAGCAUUGCUUUGUUAGUUCCCAAUCCCACAAUGCCGCAGUGGACCUUUCCUUAAUGAUCACUGUCCAGGAUGUACAGAUAUACAGGCGCUCUGCCUUGUCAGGGAUAUUCAUCCCCUCUUAUGAGGAGAAAAAUGAAAUGGCCCAAACAGGCACAGGAGAAGCUUUUGUUCAGUGUAAGAAACACAAACCACAAAAACAUAUGAUUGUUCUUUAACCACUAUGGGGAAUUAAAAAAAAAAAAAAAAAAAAAAAAAAAAACAGUACAUCCUACCCUUUGAACAUAAUGUCAUGCUAGUGCUGUUUUCUCAGGUUUGCUUGGAAGAUCACCUAAGGAGUGCCUUGUGUUCAUAAUAACUGACACACAGGGAGCUUUGAGUUUGAGUACAUCUUGCAAAUAAAAGAAUGUGACUACAUAAUGAAUGCAUGACUGCCUUUGUGGAUUCCUACAAAGAGUAUGCAGAAGCUGAUAGAAAUGUUAGAUUUUAAAUUAAGGGCUUAUUGAAUACCCUGCAUGUAUUAUAUUAAUGUUUUUGUUUAAAAUAUUGUUGUUGUAUAACCCUUUUUUUUUUAAAUGAUAUUUAAUUAACUGCAUUUCUUUAUCAUUUUAAAACACACAAAUAAGCUUGUUUAGUUAAGUUAAAUCAAGCAUGGUUGUGCUGCAAUGGUUUUAAUUUCAAUCAUGUUUAAAGGACAGUUAUGUUAAAUGUACUUGGCACUGCUGAGCUCUCACUUGGGGCAGGGUUUCUAGCACAUUGCUAAUUGGAUUUCCACAUUUGAUCUGAAUUCUAUUGUGAAAUUGGGUUUUUCAAAAUGUAAAAAGGAGAUCCCAGAUUAUUUUUAUCCAAAAUAUCAGGAUCAUUUUUAUCCAGCUGCAAAGGUGGAUUUCACUUUUAAAUAAUCAUAGAACAUAGAUAUCUUGUUUAAAUGUCCAUAGAAAACACACACUAUAUGUCUAAAUAGAGUAUUCUAAUACAUGUUUCACAUACUGUAUUUAUUAAAGUUUUGUAAAUUAA